ACAAAAAAAAAACAAUAAUUGAAAUUUGACCUUAAAGUUUCAUUGUUUUGUUUGCUUUAUGCAAUCCCUCCUAAGCUUUUUUAUAUACAAGUAACGUUUUUAUAACCUCACUGUGAUUCAAGUGUGAUUUUGGUUUGCGGUGACGGUCACAAAACUCUAAAAAAGAAAGAAAUUAAGAUGCUUGGUAGAAUUUUACUAGGAUUGGCUAUGAUUUAUGCGUCGCAAGCAUAUAAUCAAGAUUUAAAUGAAGGAAAUCCUUUAACGGAGAUAUCAGCGUACUUUGAUGAUGCAAAUAAAACAGAUUUUCUGUUUUUAGUGGACGUUAGCCACACUUCAAAAACAUAUUUAGAUCAACUUCUUAAUCUAGCAGUAUCAGCAUCGUCUUGCUUUCAGUUGCUUAAACUGAAUGAUAACAGGAUAGCAGUCAUGGCUUAUUCAAGUAUGAAGACUUCUUUAGUGCAAACAUUUGAUCAGUGCAUCAACAGAACCUGUUUAGAAAAUAUGAAGAAACGUGUUCAGUCACUUGAUGGAGCAACAUUCAAUAAGAGUAUUGACAUACCUUUGGACGAGGGGAGAAAAUACUUAGAAAACGUUAGUAUCGAUAGAAAGAAAGUUAUUUUUCUUCUUUCUUCUGUUUUGGAGAAAAAAGAAAUUAGUCUAUCAAAAAAUAUAAUUGAAAACAUAUUGAAAAAAGAUAUAAAUCUGAUCAUUGUCAGCGUUGGCGAGACGAAUGAGGAAUCUGGAAAAAUACUGAAAACACUAAAUGACGUUGGUAAAAAUGCUGCAAAAAAUACAUUUUUUUAUUCGUUUGUAGCUAACGAUUGGGGAAAUAUAUCUGACACACUGGAUACGGCCAUUUAUUUAUUUUGCUGAAGAAUCACACCGAAAAAAUAUCAAAAAGAAUUUGAUUUUCGACGUUUCAAAAAGCAUCGAUUGAAAGACUGAUUAAAACACAACGCAGUAGUAAUCAAGUUAAAUCCAAAAAUAAGUGCAAACCUCUCAGAAAAAGUUAAACAAUUGCUUUUGUAAAGCAGCAUUAUCUAAUAAAUUUGAAUUUUAUAAAA